AAACAGGGCCCAGAGCUCUGGUUUAUAUCAGGGUAUAUUGAGUGUUUAUAUAGCCUUGCCCUGGAUCAAGGCUAUGUAAACCCCCUGGAUGCGCCCUAUAGCCUUGGAUGCGCCUUCCACAUUAUAGAGUUCAGUGGGGUAUAUAGAUAGGUAAAUGGGCGAUAUAUCAUUAUCAUUUUUUUAUAGCAAUACGGUGUGAGCUUCAAGGCAUGGAUGACAGGCAAGAAUGGCGCGAUUUUGCGCUUACCCAUGUGGAAUAUCUGUCUGGCGACUUCAUUGGCAAGACACUGUGCCUGUUCAGCCUUUUACCACAAGCAAUGAUUGUCAGCAUUGUGACAUUGGUGGUGUUCAAAAGAGACCUUCACACCAUUUCGUUCGCCCUGGGUGUGGCCGUCUGCGAACUGCUCAACAUUAUGCUGAAGCACUGGAUCCGUGAGGAGCGUCCCGCCCGGAAGCGGACCAGUUUCGGCCACUACGGCAUGCCGUCCGACCACGCGCAGAUCUCGUGGUUCAUGGCCGGCUACCUUACACUCUUUCUUCUCGUGCGGCUGCACCAUGUCCAGACGUCAUCCAUGAUACUGAACUUCUGGAAGCAGCUGGCGGCAGCCGUUUGUUGUGUGUGCGCAGCACUGGUGUCUUUUAGCAGGGUCUACCUCCAGUACCACACGUGGUGGCAGGUGGUCUGCGGAGGCGGCGUCGGCCUCGCUCUCGCAGUCGUCUGGUUUAUCUUGGUUCACUACGUCUUCACGCCGUGCUUUCCGCAGAUCGUGCAAUGGCGCGUCUGCGAGCUGCUGCUGAUCUGCGAUACCACUCUUAUCCCGUGUGUGAUGUGGUUCGAGUACGCCAACAUCAGACAGGAGGCGCGGGCCCGCCAGCGAAAGCUUCAUCCCUCCAGCAAGAGCCAAUGACGGCAGGGGCGCGGCCAUCUCACUGCCUGCGGUACAUGUCCGCCAGCGGCGUGCGGACGGCGUGUCCAGUCCCUGUCACCGCACAGUGACUCACCGUACCUGUCCACACAGUGACUCAGAGUAUCUCACUCAGAGUAUCCGCGCAGUGACAGCUCUCCGCCAGACGUACCUAUCCGCGCAGUCAGACGCUGCGCGGCCCGCCGCCGCUCAUACGGUGACAGUUUUCUCCUGCGAUCGACAUAUGUUUUUAUAAGCGACAAUGCCGUUCGAUGGUAAUGCGCAUUAAUAAACAAAGUGUAGGAACUA